GGAAAUGUUGGAUGACUUCAUGUAGGCACUGAUCAAUAUGCUGGAGCCAGACACAGAUGAAACUGAAGCUUUAAUGAAGAAGCUAAUUCUGCAAUCAGGAGUGCAGGAUGGAAUAGGUGCUGAUUCUGACAAAAAAGUUUCCUGGACAACAGUUCUUCCUAAACCAGGUUUUUGUCUGAAAACAAAGAAGGAAAAUGGUGAGAAAGUUUUUAUCAAUGUCUGCCAAGCAGAAAAUGUACCGCAGCCAAAGGAAAUUACUGAGGAAGAAUUGCUGAAGUUGUUAGAAUCUGAGGAUCCAUUUGGAUUCCGAGUUCCAAUGAGUAUUGGAGAACCACAUGCUGAGAUAGAUAAAAGUGGACAAGGCUGUACAGCGUAUGAUGUUGUGAUACACCCAGGCUUCAUGGAGAAGAUGAAGGACAGUGAAAUAUUUAAAACUUUCUUCUUGUCUGUGACUUUGGAGGGCCUAGAAGAAAAAUACUCCAUAGCAUUGUCUAGAGACUGGGUAAUCCUUAAGAACAGGAAAAGUGUAGGGAGACUCCAGGAACAGAAUGUCAGGACACAGUCUAAACCUGUCAUCAUGGAAAUGGGAGAUCAGUCAAUGUCUGGACUAGGAAAACCAUUAAUACAGGAAAUGGAUACACCUAAGCCUCUAUCUCAAGAAGAACUCAGAGCCAGAGGUCAGAAACCUGAAUUUCGGAUCAUCCAGGAACCUCCAGAAGGACACCCGGAUUUCUUAGUGGCUGAGAUCAGCCUUCCACAUGUGAAAAUGGCCAACACAUUAACCAUUGAUGUAGGAGAGGACCGGCUAGUCCUGGAGACACGGUCCAAUAAAUACUACCUAGAUAUUUACCUACCUUAUCUACUCAUACAGGAGGACUGUGUAGCUCAAUUCAACCGAAAAACAAGGAUUCUAACUUUAACAUUACCAGUUCAGCCAGAAAAUUGAACAUCCCAUUUUUGAGGUCAUUCACAUGCUUAAAGAAAAGGAUCUCAGUGUAUACACAGACCUGCCUCAAAAAUAAAACUGUCACUUUACAUGAUGCUGUCCAAUGUGUGUCAGUUAAACAGU